AUGCCUGCCUCUGACGGCGAUCUUUUCGAUAUCCCCGAGGUUGUCGCCUUUGGUGCGGCGCUGGAGGAUGCACUUCAGCAAGCAAAAACCGCCAAGCCCUCUGCAACCAUCGAACCGCCCUUGACAAAGAACGACUUCUCUGAAUUCUUGUCGCAGCUACCAACCAUAUUCUCGUCCGAGCCAUAUGCUGAAAAGUCGCGUCAGCUCCUGGUUUUCGAAACUGUCGUGCGCCGGCGAUUCGACGACCUCAUCUCUACGACGUCGAUAGACAGCCCCGAGUUCGUUGAAGUUUGGAACCUCAUCGACCUAACGAUAGUUCUUGCGGAAAGCGGCCAAUGCGACUCUGGCCUGGCAUUGACACUUGUUGAACUGCUUCUGGACAGCCAGACGCUGCAGGGAUGUCGUACUGCCUUCGACUACCUCGAGUCGCGCCGCGAGCGCUUGAUCAAGGAUCACACCAGCAUGCAAGGUUUGAUCAUUCUAAGAACUUGCAACGAGCUCUUGCGUCGUCUUUCGCGCGCCGAGGAUAUAUCAUUUAGUGGCCGCGUUUUUAUAUUCAUGUUUCAGAGUUUUCCCAUGGGUGAUAAAGGCACCGUCAACCUCCGUGGCUCGUAUCAUACCGAGAACGUAACAACAUGGGAGAAACUUCCUGCCGCACCUGCAGGCCAAACGCCCGAGGGCAUGGACGUAGAUACAAAGGAGGAUGCGACAGCUAAGCUCCCGCCUGCUACGGGUGCAAAGGCGGUGAGUUUCGAUGCCAAGGACAAGUCAAAUUCUCGGCAGAAACCCCUCGAGCCCGAUGCUCUAUAUCCCAUAUUUUGGUCUUUGCAGGAAUUUUUCUGUUAUCCUUUGAAGCUAUUCGAAUCCCAGAAUAUGUCCAAGUUCAGAGAGGGGCUGGAAGCAACGCUUCUCGCAUUCGAGGCGGUGGUCCAGGGCCAGCGAAAUCCACAGUCCUCCGAUGACACUAAGGAUGUCUCGAGGAAACGCAAAGCAUUCGAGAUCGGCUCAUCAGAUGGAGGCACUUUCAACCCGAAAUACUUGACGAGCCGAGACCUUUUCGAGCUGGAGAUGAGCGACUUAUUCUUCCGACGGCACAUACUCAUACAGGCAGUCAUCAUACUAGACUUUUUGCGCUCAUUAUCAGCGUCGGCCAGAGCAAAGCACGCCAACAUUCGUCAGCCCAAUAAAUCGGUCAUGUACAGUGACAAAUCCAUUUCCGAAGAAGAUGACAAAUGGGCGGAAGACAUGAAGAACAGAAUGCAAGACUACAUCUUUUCUGGCCCAGAUGGUGCAUAUGUUCACCGCAUACUCGUGGCAGUGACACAACGAGAAAAGGGCUGGACACGGUGGAAGAUGGAGACUUGCCCACCAAUGGAGAAACCAGCCGUGACCCCCAGCGAGUUCAACGAAGCAAGAGAAUCAGUCAAGCGACUGGCUACAAGCAAACGCCUACGGCCCCACCCAAUGGGCUCGCUUAAUCUGGAUUUCCUCAAAGUGGAAGAUGAAGAGAGCGCUCUUGACAAAUUCAAGGACCCGGCAAGGUGGAAGUUGCCCGAGCUGGAAACUUUCAAGGACAUGAUUGCAAAUGAUAAUCUGGAGCUUGAAUUCGCAAAAACGGAAAAGGAAAAGGGACAAAUCAUCGAGUCCAAGGCCAGUAAAACAUGGAGAGCCCUGAGGAUAGCAAGCCGGACAAGAAUGUCUGCUCUCGACAGGAUUGAUGACUGGCAGGACAUCAGUGCCGUCUUCGAAGACCCGAAGCAAGCAAACAAGUCAGCCGACGAGGACGAGGAAACGGGAGAUGCCGGCAGAUCGCCCGACGAUAAGCAAUUGAUUGUUAUCGCAGGCCCUUCGGGCGUUGGAAAGUCAGCAUUGAUUGCAAGACUACAGGAAAAGCAACCACGAGUCUUUAAGAAGGUUGCAAGACAUACGACUCGGACAGCUAAGGAAGGAGAAGUGGAUGGCCAAGAUUUCAACUUUGUUGAUGCCGCUACUUUCAAUCGGAUGUCUGACAACGAUCAGUUUGCAGAAGUCACAAACAAGGAAGGAUUCGACAUUGCUACCAGCAACAAAGCUCUGGAUUCCAUCAAGGAGUCGGGCAAAGUGCCACUGCUGGAACUGGAUCAUGCAUCUGUCCAAAGUUGUAAAGACUGGGGGCUGUCGGCACGAUUCAUCUUUGUUUCUCCAUCAAGUAAUGAUCAACUGGAAGCACAGCUCAAAAGCUCUGGCACCUACUCCGAGGACGCCAUUGCUGGCAUCGUUGAAUCUGCGCAGGCAGAGAUUGAGCAGGCCAAAUCUGAGACAUCCCAUUAUGACACGACAAUCACUAAUGACAACCUCGAGGACGCUUACGAAGCCUUUGAGAAAUUUAUUUAUGGCAACUUCACGCAGGAAACAAACGGCGUUCAUGAUGAGGGCGCCACUAAGGACGGCGAUGUUACCAUGGCCGAGGAAGACUCAAGUGCUGCCCGGCAGUCGUCUGACUCUACCAUGACGCGCAGUGAGAAGAGGAAGAAGAGGAAGGAGGAGAGGAAGGAGAAGAUGAAGGAGAAGAGCAAGGAGAAGAGGAAGAGGAAGAAGGAGAACAAGAAGAAGAAGAGGAAUACUACGUACCAUUGA